AUGCGCAGUGGUAUCCAUGUGCCUGGACUCCAUUUUCCUCCAUCCAUCAUGACGACAACAAUCCAAGAAAGUCGUAAAGGAACGACUAAAGUCAAUACCUUACGUGCUAUCGAAAUUGAGAUUCAGGCCAAAUGGGAGCGUGAAAAAACCUUCGAAGUAGACGCGCCUGAUUUCAUUUCUGGCUAUCAACGUCUUAAAGGCAAAAGAUGUCUAUUUCCGUUUGGACUACAUUGUACUGGAAUGCCUAUCAAGGCAUCGGCUGAUAAAUUAAAAUACGAAAUGGAAACAUUCGGCUAUCCGCCUGUAUUCCCUGGUCGUAACGAAUCUUCUGCGAACGAUAAAGAAGAAAGUAAGAAAGAAUUUAAUCCCGCUGAAGUUGGAGAACGCAAGAAAAAGGGUAAAUCGAAAGUCUUGGCCAAAACUGGAGGGGCUAAAUUCCAAUGGGAAAUUAUGCGAUCUUUAGGUUUAAAGGAUGAAGAGAUUAAAAAAUUUGCUGAUCCCAAACAUUGGCUAGGCUAUUUCCCUCCUUUAGCCAAGAAAGAUUUAAAAAAUAUGGGCUUAAAGGUCGACUGGAGAAGGAGUUUUAUAACGACUGAUGCUAAUCCAUAUUAUAAUUCGUUUGUUCGUUGGCAAUUUAUAAGACUGAAAGAGCAAGGAAAAGUGAAAUUUGGAAAGAGAUACACAGUAUAUUCACCCAAGGAUGGUCAACCUUGUAUGGAUCAUGAUCGCGCUAGUGGAGAGAAUGUUGGCGGACAAGAAUAUACGUUAAUUAAGAUGAAGGUAGUUAGCAGUGAAAAUGAAAAAUUAAGGAAACUUAUAGACAAGCCAGUUUUUUUUAUCGCAGCAACUUUGAGACCGGAAACAAUGUAUGGCCAGACAAAUUGCUGGGUUAGGCCAGAUAUGGAGUAUAUAGCUUACCGUGUUAAUAACGACGAAAUUUACGUAUCCACCCAUCGCGCUGCCAGAAACAUUUCCUAUCAAGGGUUUACCCCAGAAGAAGGAGUAAUUGAUGUUGUUGAAAAAUUAAUUGGAGAGGACCUUAUCGGCGCUGGAUUGAAGGCUCCGUUGUCUUCAUAUGAGAAAGUUUAUGCUUGGCCAAUGUUUACCAUUCUAGAAGGAAAAGGUACUGGAAUUGUAACAUCUGUUCCGUCAGAUUCAACUGAUGAUUACGCUGCUCUUUGCGAUAUCAAGAGAAAAAAAGAUCUUAGGGCUAAAUUCAAUUUAUCGGAUGAUAAAGUACUCCCAUUUGAUCCCGUUCCCAUUAUGAACGUCCCUGAGUUCGGUGAUUUAAGUGCUGUUGCUGCGUAUGAAAAAUUAAAAAUUACUAGCCAAAAUGAUAAGGAGAAGUUAGCGAAGGCCAAGGAAAUGACAUAUCUUGGCGGAUUUUAUCAUGGGGUAAUGUUAGUUGGUGAUUUCAAAGGACAAAAAGUUCAAGACAUUAAGAAAAAGAUACAGAAAUUACUAGUCGAUACGAAUGGAGCAGUAAUAUACAUGGAAACGGAGAAGAAAGUAAUGUCACGAUCAGGGGAUGAAUGUGUCAUGGCGUUAUGUGAUCAAUGGUAUUUAGACUAUGGCGAUGAUUCCUGGAAAGCUUUAGCUCGCAAAUGCCUUGAGCGAGUUAAUACCUAUCCCGAAAAUUCUCGCAAGGGGUUUGAACGCACCAUUACUGAAUUACAUGAAUAUGCAUGCUCGCGAUCGUACGGCCUUGGAACUUUACUUCCGUGUGAUCAGCAAUAUUUAAUCGAAUCAUUAUCUGAUUCCACUAUUUACAUGGCAUUUUAUACGGUUUGUCAUUUGCUGCAAGGCGGUGUCUUUGAUGGAUCCGGUGAAAGCCCACUAAAUAUAAAGGCUGAUCAAAUGACUCCUGAGAUCUGGGAUUAUAUAUUUCAUGAUAAUGCGGAAGUACCGCAAACCGACAUUCCUCUAGAUAGUUUGAAGAAAUUAAAGCAGGAAUUUCAGUACUGGUACGGAUUUGAUUUAAGAUCUUCCGGUAAAGACCUAUUACCCAAUCAUUUGACAUAUUUACUGUUCAAUCACGUGGCAAUAUGGCCUGAUGAACCUCAUCGUUGGCCCGGUAAUCUACGAAUUAAUGGGCAUUUAUUGCUAAAUUCGGAAAAGAUGUCGAAGCAAACUGGGAAUUUUUUAACUUUAUUUGAAAGCGUUGACAGAUUUUCCGCCGAUGGAAUGAGACUUGCUCUUGCAGAUGCUGGUGAUAGCGUUGAAGACGCAAAUUUUGUUGAAAAAAUGGCCGAUGGUGGCAUUUUGAGAUUAUAUACGUUCCUAGAAUGGACAAAGGAUAUGCUCGAACUAGCAAAACAGAAUGAAUUAAGGACUGGGCCAAUGGAUACCUUUAACGAUAAAGUCUUUGCAAGUGAAAUAAAUAGCGCGAUAAUUCAGACUGAUCGCAAUUAUGAGCAAAUGCAAUUUCGAGAGGCUCUCAAGACAGGCUUUUACGAGUUGCAGUCUUUUAGGGAUAAAUACAGAGAAGUUGCAGUGGAAGGAAUGCAUAAAGAUAUGAUAUUUAGAUUUAUUGAGGUGCAAAUUCUUUUAUUGGCUCCUAUAUGCCCUCACUUAUGUGAACAUGUUUGGGCGUUGAUUGGGAAGAAGGGUAGUAUUAUGUCCGCAGCUUGGCCUACUGCUGGGCCUGUAGAUAAAAUUUUAUUGCGGGCUUCUGACUAUCUUAUGAACGGUGCACAUGAUUUCCGUUUACGAAUCAAGAAUCAAACUGCUUUGGCACUGAAGAAAGGUAAGCAGGCAGCUAAAGCAACUGCUAAGCCAACACAUGGAACUCUUUUCGUUGCACAAACAUAUCCUGCUUGGCAAGAACUAAUAUUAAAAUUUUUAAAGAUAGAAUACGAGAAGAAUGAAAACACCUUCCCAGAAAAUAAAACAGUCUUAGCUAAAUUUAAGGGUGAUCCAGUUGUUGCUAAAAAUAUGAAAAAAUUGAUGCCGUUUGUGCAAUUCUUAAAGCUGACGGGAUUAGAAAUAAAAUUAGUGAAUGAUGCCAGCGAUAGUAAAGUGCGCGACACCAGUGUGCCUGGGAGGCCGUACUCUGUUUUCUUUGAAGCGGUUACUGUGCAAUUUAUUAAUCCGCAAGUCUGCAAACCGUAUUUUUCAUUUUACGCCGAUAUUCGUGAUAAGGAGUCUAUAAAUGAUGUUAUCAGUCGUAUAUCUACUGAAACUAAAGAAUCUACGGACAAAAUUAAACUGUAUUAUUAUAACGAUGCAGUUGGUGGUUCUAGAAGGAUGCCUAAUUUAUCACGUCCUCUAGAAGGCAAAAUAUUAAUUGCUGACGGUGCUACUUUCUAUAGAGAAAGCGGCGAAUUGGUCUUAGUUAUGGGUAGCCAAAAACUUGUCAUUGGAACAGAUCUGGUGUACACUGUUGAUUUAUAA